AUGAAUCCUUGCGCACCGCCGGAUAUGUCGGGGAUGGACGUCUUGGGUUUGCUAUCAAAUCCUAGCUCAAAAUCUCACGCUCACCCUUACGCCUCUUCGAUCUCCUCCUCCGCCUCCUCAUCCUCCUCAUCCGUCUUCUCGCUCGAUGCUCAGAGUUCCGUCUCUUCCACCGCCACAAACCCGGUCGAUGUGAUUUGGGAAAAUGAUGAGGCUCAGUUGGGGAGAACCUCGGGAGGUCCCCGUGCCUUUGGCAAGGUCGUUCCUUCCAAAGAUGCCGCCGUGCCGCCCGAGUUGCGUAUGCACCCUCGGCGCACUAACAGUGUCGCGACCAGUGGUCCCGGCGCUCGUCCACCACCCUGCCUGCUCCGCCAGUCCGAGCGAAAAGUGAAUUUCGUCGAUAACCUUGUCGAUACGGCAUCUCAGAUUGUGGAAAACAUCUGGCCGUUGUCGGCCGCAGCAUCCCGCAGUGAUGCCGCGACCGGUUCCAAAGGGGUUCUUCCCCUGCGGACAUUUAUCCAAGAAACUCUCCGUCGCUCGCGUACUAGCUACAGCACUUUGCAGGUGGCACUUUACUAUCUUAUUAAGAUCAAGCCGCAUGUGCCUGCCCAUGACUUCACCAAGGAACAGCCCCGUGACCAGUCAAUGAUGCGGGCCAUGCAGUGCGGUCGUCGUAUGUUUUUGGCGGCGCUAAUCCUGGCCUCGAAAUAUUUGCAAGACCGUAACUAUUCUGCCCGGGCCUGGAGCAAGAUCUCCGGCCUGAACACGCUGGAAAUCAAUCAAAAUGAGUUGAUGUUUCUGCAGGCGGUCGGUUGGCGUUUGCAUAUCUCCGAGGCUAUGUUCCAGCGCUGGACUGACCUUGUUCUCAAGCUGACUCCCGGUGCCGGUGGUCCUCCUGCCAGUGAGGGCCAGUGCUGGCGAACCGUUCUUCCCCGGUUGACUCCCGAGUUAGAAACGAUCGAACCGGAGCAGCCGAUGACCCCGGUCUCGGCAAUGGGCGGUAUGGAUCUGGGACCUUUGUCGGACUCUCCGUCCCCACGCAGUGUGCCCGGUAACGAGUACCUCCGUACGCCCCCACGCGAACAGAUGUCUACUUGUCGGAAUCUGCCCCGGACUUUGGAGCCGACUCCGCGGAUUGAAUAUACGACCAUGCCGACGCUUCCGCGUCCUACUAUGCUCCCGACACCCCAGAUGACCCCUCAAUCGCAUGUGGCUCUCACUCCUGCUGCGAGUAUUGCUGCAUGCCCCCGCCGCCCCUCCAUCAGUACUGCGAUGUCUCAGGCACAGAACUUGGGUUUGGCGCGCUCGACACUUGAUCAGCGCCCGCCUCUUUCGUUCUACCCUCGGACUCACUCGUACGAUGGAUACCCGGCUGCGGUCCGUCGGUCCUCUCUGGCUCGGUCCACAUCAUCGGCUUCGUCUCCGGACUCGAUGGUGUCGGACGUGUCGACCUUGUCGUCCCGUUCUUCGCGUUCAUCGUCUGUCUCGUCCAAUGCGUCUGGAGCGGGUGCUCCCGCUCCAGCUCGGCUGGCAGUCAAAGCUACUAUGCGGUGUACUAACAACUCCCUAAAAGAGAGCCGCAAGACCCUGGCUAUUGCUUCUCCAAUCGACGAGAGCUCCUUGGUGAAUCUUUACAACAGUUCCCCUGAUUCUUAUCCGGGUGUUACUGGCUCUGCUCCAGAUCUCUCCAGUUACUCGCUGGACACCAGCUUGAGCGAAGCCGCUCAAAGCCUCUGUGAACUGUCUGGUGCUGCGCCUGCACGGCGCCAGUCCCGCAAACGUGGUCGUACCGGAUCUGACGACAUGCUUCUGCAGAACCAUGUUCGCCAUCUGAUCGACGCGGGCGCAUCAGGUCACUCCUCGGUUCUGCCCGAUGGACGCUUGGCCAGCUCAUUUAUGGUCGGGGAUGGAUCUUCCCUUUCCGGCCCGGCUGGCAUGAAACGGGCCUGCUGCGGCAGUGAAGCGCGCAAAAUCGCCUUGAACCCGAGCAUACGCGUGGACUUUCUGAACUAA